AUGGCAAUGGAAGCAGCAGCAACAGAAGCAGCAGCAACAGUAAAAGCAGCAACAAGGGCAGCAGCAAUACUAACAGCAACGGCAACUGAAGCAGCAGCAGCAGCAGCGCCAACAGAAGAAACAGCAACAGCAACAGAAGCAGCAGCAAAGGAAGCAGCAGUAACAGCAACAGCAACAGCAGCAGCAGCAGCAACAGCAGCAUUGCAGCAGCAGCAGCAUUUGCAGGAGCACAAGCAGCAGCAGCAGCAGCAGCAGCAGUAG